AGUUGUGUAUACUGUGAUACCAACCGACAGAGGGAAAAAACACCAUGAAAGAGAGAUAGGGCGUGUUUUGUUGUCAUAUAACACAAGCGAUUGCUUCUACGCAAAACCCAAAGCGGUGAUUAUCUUUUCUUCGUCUUUCUCUGAUGCUGCGCUGAGAACAAGCGAGCAGUCAUCAUGAACGAGAGUUUCGACCGAGCUCCUGGAUCGGGGAGAAGCCGAAAUCUCCCCACAGACCCCGGGCUAGCUGAUGUCGUCGGGGACGGGGACAUCAAAACCCAGCUUUUCAACCAAAGGGAACCGCUGAGGCAGCCGCGAACAUCCCCGCCUUUCGCCGAGAACAACAUGAGCGCGGCCAACGCCAUUGCUGCUGGAGACUUUAAAAGACAGAACAAACCCCAACAAAGUGCGAAUGCCAACAGUACAUCUGCCUCCAUAGGUUUUAAUGAGGUGGAUUCCUUGGUCAAGUCAUCAAAGCUUUCAGCCAGUGCCCCAGAGUUUGUCCCCUCGGGAGUCAGCCAGUAUGAAGACCCCUCUUAUUAUGAUGACAAUGAAAGCUACUACAGUGAACCAACCUUGGCUGAAACAGUCACAGACUUCCUCGGCCACCUGAGCUCCUCACCAGGGUCCUUCGAGUCAGAUGUUGAACAGAUAACUGCCAUGCUCAAUUCCUGGGUUACUACUGAAGAGUUGUUGAAUGAGCUGGUGGAACUGAUCUACACACAGUCGACGGCCAUUCCAAACUUCUCUUACACGGGCGCCAGGCUCUGUAACUACCUGUCCCAUCACCUCACUAUCAGCCCACCAAGUGGCAACUUUCGACAGCUCCUCCUGCAAAGAUGUCGAAUAGAGUAUGAACAGAGGGAUGCAGCUGUUCGCGGAGAACUGGAAACCCAGAAGAAAUUCCACUCCUUUGUGCUCUUUCUGGGAGAGCUAUACCUUAACCUGGAGAUUAAGAGAGGGAAAGGACCUCCAAGUCGAGCAGAUAUCCUCCUCAAUGGUCUGAAGGACCUGAUGAACAGCCUGUUCUCCAAUCCUGUGGAUGCAAAUCUCAUCUGUGCUGUGAAACUGCUUAAGCUGACAGGCUCUGUCUUGGAUGACGCGUGGAAAGAAAGUGGGAAACCACACAUGGAUGAACUGAUCCAAAGAAUAGAGACUAUUCUACUGGAUGCCACCUGCAGCAGAGAUGUCAGACAGAUGCUUCUAAAACUAGUGGAGUUGAGAUCAAGUGACUGGGGCAGAGUCCGUGCUGCCGCAGCAGCCAGCAACGCCACACCAGACAACGACCCUAACUACUUUAUGAAUGAACCUACAUUCUACACAGAAGACGGCACUCCUUUCACAGCAGCAGAUCCAGAAUAUGCUGAAAAAUACCAGGAGAUCAUGGACAGGCAGCAUUAUUUCCAUGACAUUGAUGGAGAAAAUGGAAAUGACCUAUACGACUCUGAAGACGAGAUGGAGCCUGAGAUAGAAGAAGCUUUUGAGAAUUUUUGUUUAGAAUCAGAGAGGAAACGACAACAAUGACGUGAGAGUGAAAAAUCCGUGUGACACAACAGGCACAUACUGUACUUCUCCCACUCGAGUUGCUGGAAUGUUGAAAAGCGAAAGGAAACUAGCAUCAGAUAGGUUCAGACUUUUAAUUUACUGCAAACAAGCAAUUUAACAAAAAGAGCUGUUCUUAGUUGCACUUCUGACACUUUUUUCAGUCAGUGUUGAUUAGUAAACGGGGACGAUCAACAGGGUUUACUGUUCGGAAUAUUGAAUUCUAACUUUUUUUUUUUUUUUUUUGGACAUGAAAGUUCUUUCGUUGUUGUUUUAAAUUCUUUCAGAAACUUAUUUCCUUUACGCCUAAACUAAAUGCCAAGAGGGAAAUAGUGUGCUGUGGAUUUUUUUUAGAGUUUUUUUUCCUGAAAAGACGGAUUUUAUCAGAUGUGUGCAUAAUUUGUUGAAUACUAAUUAACGCCCCACGCAAACAGUGCAGGCCAAAAAAAAAAAUACAGCGUCAGAGAUGCGUGAUCUUAAUGUAAAACGCACUGUAGAAGGGUAAGGUGGUUGCUUUACUACAUAUACGUUGCAUUUCCAGCCUUCAUCUUGACUUUUGUGAACUAGCGUCUCUCGUCAGAUUGCCAGUAUUCAACACUAUAUUCAACGCUAUUCACUUUCUCAUUUGGCUGCAGUUGAGUGGUCGGGAACUCUGUGAAAGGCUGUGCAGUUUGAAACCUGUUGUAAGAAAACAAAUACUUAAAUUCAGUUAUAAACAGGAAAGUGAAUAUAGUGAAAAAGUAAAAUAACCAAAUUUCUAAGAAUACAUGCAUCUAAAUUUAAUUUGUUUCCUGAAUGUAGCUUUAAAUAUCUAGACAUCUUGCAGUUUGCAGUGGUCAAGGUGACAUAAUGCAGCUGCAACAAAGGAUUUAAAGUUAUCCCAAGACUGAAAGACUGUUUACCAGCAAUCCAUGGAGCCCAUGAAAAGGAAUGUUGUUUUAUAGUUUGUAAAUAUUAUUUAUGGUAUUGUUUGCCUGCAAUAAAUUCUUUAUAAUGUGA